AUGAGAAUGUGGUCGUCGACUUCUCUCUCUUUAUUGUUCUUCUUCCUCCUUUCUACCAACUUCUGCACCACUCCGUGGGCUCUCAUCGACCGGCCCUUCCCCGCGCAGCCCUUCGUCUCCACCAGUUCCGGUCACCCCUCCACCAUCCCUGCCUUCCCGGAGCAGUCCGACUUCUCCGGUAGCUGCCCACUCGACCUCCCUCAAGACCUCCUCUCUACCGUCUCCCACGCCUGCUCCUCCUCCGCCGCCACCGUCCGCCUCUCCCGCUCCCGCUGCUGCCCCCCUCUCGCUGCCUGGCUCUACGCCGCCUACUCCGCCACCGCCCUGGCCGGCGGCGCCCCCGCUGCCUCCUCCCGUCCCUCCGACAUGCCGCUGCUGCCAGAGGACUCGGAGGCCUGCGCCGGUGGCGUGGAGAAGGCGCUGCGGGCCCGGGGGCUGGAUCUCCGCCCGGUGAACGUCACCUGCGACGUCGCCACCUGCUUCUGCGGCGUCCGCCUCCGGCCAUUCUCCUGCUCCGGAAGCCUAGCCGUGGAGAGGGACGCCGCCGGCCGGUGGGUCGCCGGCGGCGCCGCUGCUCGCCGGAUCGAGCGAGACUGCGCCCUUCCGGGCCCCUCCGGCUGCUCGCGCUGUCUCCACAGCCUCUACCAGGUGAGCUCCCCUCACCAUCACCACUCCGGCGUGCCGCCGGCAUUCGGUGUGCUAUCCCGCCGGAUUAUGAUCCAUUGCUCCUUACUUCCAACACGGACUGCCAGUCCUUGUCUCUACACUAUUGACCACUUUAAACUACUAACUCUGGAGACAUCGUAUUUCCGGACAGCGGUCUUUCAUACACCAAUUAUUAAUUCGGAUUUUAUUAACCUGAAUCACCGUUGAACCGGUGGACCAUUCCUUUCUGAUGGUGGACCAUCCUGGGUCGUCUUCUUCGUGGAUCUUCCCACUGCAGUUGCAACCGGCGGCGCCGGCGCACGGCGGCAACGAGACCGGCGGCAGCAGGGGGCCCAAGCUGGGGCACGCCGGCGACUGCGAGCUCCUGGGGAUAACGUGGCUUCUGGCCCGCAACCGCACCCUGUACCUGCCGGCGAUCACCGGCGUCCUCCGUGCCCUACUUUUGGCCGCCGGCGACGGGCACCCCCUCUCCUGCACAGUCGCCAGCGACGGCAAGCCCCUCGCUGUCGACUCCGCCGACCUCGACGACUCCAUCUCCUCCUCCGCCCGGCCCCUCCUCUUCCCGGCGGCGUCCCUCCUCCUCCUUCUCCUGCCGCCGGCGGCGAUCCCCUUCUUCCUGUCCUGA